UACUUGAGCCGCGGCUCAGAUUUCAGUAUCAUGAAACCAUUGGCGCGAUCCACUUUUGGAAAAUUAAUUUAGAGUAUCGAUCGGAAAAGUCACACAGAGUUUUCCCGGAAUGCGUUAGUUUUAGAGUCACUAGUGAAUCGAUGAGUUGCGUUGUUUUGAGGAAAUCAUCCAGCAAGGAAUCAAUAUAGAAGUUCAUGUGAAGGUGGAUGUAGUGCAAGUAUCCCUUGGUCCCAAGGAAUUGUGGUAGUGUGUCUUCAUGCUCAACGAGGUUCAUUUUUGCCAUCCAAAAUGACUCCAGGCAGCGACGAUCGAGAGCAACUGAUCAAGGAUAGCUCCUUCGGUAGUGAUAGUAACAUUGGACAUUCAAGCACUCGAAAUAAUGAACACAUUGCGAUUCGCGUGCUGAGCCCCAGGAACUAUGGCAGCGUUGACGACCACAGUAAAAAGGAGGAAGCGCGACUGACCUACAGUUGGUACAACCUUGACAUUUUUGCUGAAGUUCAUAAUGCCGAAGGAUCAUUGAUUACCAACACAUGCCGAAAACUAAAAGAAAUAGUAUGCAGGCAAAGGCGAAUACCUGCACCACGGAAACAACUGCUUAAAAACGUUUUCGGUGUUGCGCAUCCGGGCGAACUGCUUGCCAUCAUGGGAAGUUCCGGGGCUGGCAAAACAACACUUCUUAAUGCGUUAGCCUUCCGUGUACCACCAGGUGUUCAAGUUUCACCUUCAGCAGUGCGGCAACUCAAUGGAUGCCCCGUAGGAACUGAACAAAUGCGAGCACGUUGUGCUUAUGUCCAGCAAGACGACCUUUUCAUUAGUUCGAUGACAGCGCGUGAACAUUUGAUUUUUCAAGCUAUGCUGAGGAUGCCACGAUCUAUCCCCUAUUAUCAAAAAAUCGAAAGGGUCGAUCAAGUUCUGCAAGAACUUUCUCUGGCAAAAUGCCAAAAUACGCUCAUCGGAGCACCAGGACGUAUUAAAGGACUUUCAGGAGGUGAACGCAAGCGGCUAGCUUUCGCUUCUGAAGCAUUGACAGAUCCACCAUUACUGCUUUGUGAUGAACCCACAUCGGGUUUAGAUUCAUACAUGGCCCAUAGUGUCGUUCAAGUACUUAAACGAUUAGCCGAGAAAGGGAAGACAAUUAUUUUAACAAUACAUCAGCCAUCUUCAGAGAUAUAUGAAAUGUUCGAUAAGUUGAUGCUGAUGGCUGAAGGACGAGUUGCUUUCCUAGGAACUCCAGAUCAAGCUACAGAUUUUUUUGCACAGCAAGGAAUGAUUUGUCCUGCUAACUAUAAUCCCGCGGACUUUUUCAUCCAACUUCUAGCGAUUGCACCCGGCAAAGAAAUCGAGUGCAGAGAAAGCGUGAACAAGAUUAGCGAUAAUUUUGCAAUUGGACCUAUAGCCAAAGAAACAUCGGAAAUUUUUCGACAAAGUACAAGCCAACUCACCAGCUUUAGUACAGAAGUGUCAAUCGGCUAUAGGGCUACGUGGUUUACACAAUUGCGAGCAGUUCUGUGGCGCUCUUGGCUCACGGUCUUGAAGGAGCCUCUUUUAGUUAAAGUUAGAUUACUGCAGACAGUCAUGAUCGCAUUGCUCAUAGGCUUAAUAUUUUACGGACAAACACUAACACAGGACGGAGUUAUGAAUAUCAAUGGAGCGAUAUUCUUAUUUCUAACAAAUAUGACAUUUCAAAAUGCUUUUGCUGUAAUUAAUGUAUUUUGCUCAGAACUACCAGUUUUCUUGCGAGAAUAUCGAAGUCGUCUUUACCGUUGCAGUACUUAUUUUCUGGGAAAAACCCUUUCCGAACUACCACUAUUCCUGGCUGUACCAAUAAUAUUCACAUCGAUAGUAUACCCAAUGGUUGGGCUAAGACCAGGAUUGCAUCAUUACUUAGUAGCGCUGGGAUUAGUUUGCCUUGUCGCGAACGUGGCCACCUCAUUCGGUUAUCUCGUAUCCACCUUCAGCAGUUCCACCUCCAUGGCUUUAUCAGUUGGCCCGCCGAUCAUUAUUCCAUUCCUGCUCUUCGGAGGAUUUCUUCUCAAUACUGGGUCGGUUCCGGCAUAUCUGGAAUGGCUUUCGUAUUUGUCCUGGUUUCGAUAUGGCAACGAAGGACUCUUGAUCAAUCAAUGGGCCGAUGUGCAGCCUGGCGAGAUAACUUGCACAAGACCUAACGCAACGUGUCCUGCAUCGGGAGAAGUUAUUCUGACUACGUUCAAUUUUGCAGCAGAAGAUCUUGUUUGGGAUGCAGUUGGACUAGUUUCCUUGUUGGUAUCAUUUAGAUUGGUUGCAUUUUUGGGAUUGGUUAUGAAAGCGAGAGGCGUCAACUAACCCAAAAUGAUGUUAGCUCAAUUUUAACUAGACUGAAGUUUGACUAUUUUUGAAUUAUAAAAGAUACCAGUUCCAUGUGAACCGAAUAGUUCUCCACUUCCUGGAUGAAGCUUGUCUUUCACAAUAUGUCUACUGAUAUUUCUUUAGUAGCAGAUCUACAGAGAAGAAAGAAAGCGAAAACAUUCAUUUUUGUUUUUGUGUAACUAUUUAAUGUAUUUAAUAUGAAAAUCAUAGUUUAAAGGGUUUUGUAAAUCGCCAUUUUGAUGAGCCAAAUACCACCGGUGUUGAAUUUGUUAUAAUAAAUACUCUUGUUCUGUAUUCU